AUGACGCUGUCCCCCGAUGUUUUCCAAGAAAAGCACCAGGACCCAGUCAUUAGUUGUAUGUUGGUUGGUUAUGGUGCUGUGGGGAAAGCCAGUAUGAUCAUAGGUUAUAUAUCCAAUGGAUAUCCAAAUGAAUACCGUCAGAUGGCCUUUGAUGUCUUCACUGGUUUGGUUCGAGUAGAUGGGAUUCCAGUACAAAUCCAGUUGAUGGACACAGCAGGGCAGGAGGAGUUUGAUCAUUUUCACUCCAUGUGUUACAAUCAAAUAGAUGUCUUAAUUCUUUGCUUCAGUAUUGUCAACCCAGUGUCUUUCCAGAACACCACUUCAAAAUGGAUCCCCCAGAUCCGCACCUUCAAUCCUGCUUCACCCAUAAUUCUAGUGGGGACACAGUUGGCCCUCCGGCAUGAUGUUAACAUCCUUAUCCAUCUGGACCAGCUGAGGGACAAGCUGGUGGUGAACUCCCAGGCCAGGGGGCUGGUAGAGAAGAUCAGAACCCACGACUACGUGGAGUGUUCUGCACUGACCCAGAAGAACCUCAAAGAAGCAUUUGGCCUGUCAGAAAGCAAAGAAGCUCAAUCUCUUGGAUUAUGCAAAGACUUUCUCUAG